UGACGACGCUUUUAUCACUUCCGUUUCCAACCUGCUUCGAACUUCACCCACCACAACAGAAAGCUGGUUGGAUAUUACCUCAUGUUUUAUCAGUAUUAUCACUUUUAAUCACUAAACUUUAAGCUAACUACGUCGAGACAUGGCUGGUUUACCACCGGGGGACCCACAGCUGGUCUCAAUGAUCGUCAGUCAUUUAAAAACACAGGGGCUCUUCGACCAGUUCAGGAGGGACUGUCUGGCAGACGUUGAUACAAAGCCAGCUUACUUGAACCUGAAACAAAGAGUGGACAACUUUGUGUCUAAUCACCUCUCUAAUCACACAUGGAGCCCACAUUUGAACAAGAACCAGCUGAGAAACAACAUCAGACAGCUUGUGCUGCAAUCCGGGAUGUUGGAGCAGGGAGUGGACAGGAUCGUGGCCCAAGUGGUGGAUCCCAAAAUCAAUCACAUCUUCAGGCCACAGGUGGAGAGGGUGGUCCGUCAAUUUCUGUCGCCUGGCAGCUGCUCUGAGGAGCCACUGGCCCCACUGCCUCCAGCAGAGACCAAACCAGACAGCAGCAUUCCUGAGCAGGCCUCAUCAUCUGCUCCAACUACCACUGCAGCCAGUGACGCCAUGUCCAUCUUGGACACAAUAACUUCUCUCAAUCAGGAGGCUAGCGUCAGAGCCAGCUCAGGCACAGAGAAAGGACGUAAAGGUCAAGCCUCAGAUGAGCCCAUGCAGCUGGUGGAGGAGGGCGAGCAGGACAUGAGUGUUGUGGAAGAAGGAGACAGCUACCAUGAAGGGAGGACCCUGGAAGAGACUGAGGAAACAAAGGUGGCACCAGAGGUCCAGGUACUAGAAGUGAAGGUGGAGGACACUCAGGAGCAGAUGGAUGUGGGAAAAGAGGGGUUAAUAGAGGAGGUGAAGAUGGAGGAUGAGGUGUUAGGAGCUCAGGAGCAGAUGGAGGAGGACAAAGACAAUACUACCAGCCGAACAACUGGAAAACCUUCAGAAGAGAAGCAAGACGAUGAGCUACUGAAAUCUACAAGUCAGGCCAAGCAGAAAGCGAGAGAGAGGAUAAAGGAAGAAUACUCCUUGGAGGACUCUGACCUGGAAGGCCUGAGCGACAUCACAGUGAGCUCUGUCCACACCAGCGACCUGUCGUCAUUUGAGGAGGAAAGUGAAGAUGAGGAGCUGCUUUCUGAUUCCUCUGAAGAAGGGGAGCUUCCACCUGAUGAUCAAGGUGAGAGAGCUGAAAAGAAAAAUGCCAUUGGAGAUGCAGAAGAAGAAGAGCGUAAGCCUCGUCGCAAGGCCUACGUUCACAAGCCCUUCCUCUACUCCCGUUACUAUAGUGACUCAGAUGAUGAAAUCACUGUGGAGGAACGUCGAAGAUCUGCGGCAAAGGACAAAGAGGAAAGGCUGCUCAAGAGACAGCAGAACAGAGAACGAAUGGAAGAAAAGCGCAAACAGAAAGCAGUACAGGCUGAAGAACAAGAUCACAAAAAACAAAAGAGUGGAGACUCUGCUGGGCUGGAGCGCCCCCGAGCCAAAGAGGCUCGAAAAGAAAGGAAAGUUCUGGAGAAAAAAAUGGCUCUCAACAGGAAGAGGAAACUAGACUCAAGGAAAGAGGGAGAUGUUGCAAGCAAGAAGAAAGGAGAAACAGGAGGAGAGGGAUCCAGGAAAUUGGAAGUGAAAGCGGCCUCCUCAAAGACCCCACAACCAAAAUUGAUAAGAAAUCUGUCAGAAUCAGCAUCAUCUGACGAGAGGCAUAGAAGGACGAGUGGCAGUGUGUCAGAAGAUUCCAGUGACACCAAAAAGCUGUCUGACAAAGGCCGGACACACUCCUUCAUCCUGGAGUUGGAGCAAGGUUCCCAAGAGGCUCUUAAACAACGUUCUGUCGGAAAAUUUGAUCGUCUGUCCCGCAAAGAACUUCACUCUAAAGAGCGCAAAGAGAAAGAACGCAGCCUGUCUGACGAAAGAGCUAAACUCAAACAAAAGCAGGAUAAGAAAUCUGAACACCAAGCAGAUGAGACUCAGCAGAAGGAUGGAGUUAAACUGUCAUCUGAAGAGAAAGGUGAGAAGAAGCCUAAGAUUAAAAGUGAGAAGAAAAUGACUGGAAACACAAGAGAAGGAAGAGCAUCUGUGUCUGAAGUUGUUGCAGACGAGGGUCCUAAAGAUGCAAAGAAAGUAAAAGCUCCAUCCAUGGAGGCUGUCAAAGCAGAGAAGGACAAGGAGAAACAGAAGGACAAAAUUAGGGAAAAGGACAAAGAUAAAGACAAAAACAAAGAAAAGGAAAAGGCUAAAGGAGAGAAAACUUCAGCUAAAAGUGAUUUCAAGCAGCUGCUGCGCCCAGACUCUGCCGGUUCCUCUGAGGAUCGGUCUGACAUGGAGCCAGGACCAGACAGCAGCAAGAAGAAAGAUAAACACUCCAAAGAAGUCCUGAAAAGGUCAAAGAGCCACAGUGAGGACAGGCAAGGAGAAAAGCCCAAAUCUACAACAGAUAAUAAAGACAGCGAGAAGGAGAAGAUUAAACCAGAUCAAGAGAGCCAGAAAUCAAACAAGUCCAGCUCUGAAACAGACAAAGAUCCAAAAAGAGUCAAGACAACAGAAAAAGGAAAACUCAUGGAAAAAUCAAAAUCAAAAUCAAAAGAGGAAACAAAGAGUCCAUUGUUAUCAAAGACAGAUAAGAAAGUUCAGAGUUCAGAAGUCAAAACUGCAGGGGCUGCAUCUAUCAGUAAACCUGAGGGAACAAAGGAUAAGAAAAAAGAGGGAAAUGCAAAGGAGCAGCGCAAAAUCUCUGAAGAACCUUCACAUGAGAAAUCAGAAACUAAGAGUGCAAAGAAAAAAGCAGAAAAGAAAGAAAAACUCCCAGAGAAGAAAGACGAAAGCCAAGAGGAAAGGAAGACACCCAGAGAAGACAAACUGGAAAAGUCUGAUAAAUCCUCAAAGUCUUCCGUUUCCUCAGGGAGUCUUGAGGCAGAAGAGCCACCUAAGAAACAAUCUCUUUUCCAAGACACCAGCACAGACUCUGAUCCUGUCACCACCACCAUCACCACCUCGUUCUCUGAUGACACCUGUGACGCCUUGAGUGACAUCACCCCUGAACCGCCUGAGGGAGAAACGGAUUCACGACUCAGCGAGAUGCCUGCUGUUCCAGCUGAGGCUGACGCUCUGCUGACUCUUAUGGACGUUUGUACCUCAGCAGAGGCGAGACUUCCACCUGAGAGCGUUCGAGAGGAUGUGACUGCUGAGAUGGUACUUCAGGAUGCUGAUAUGAAAAUGAAAGAGGCAGCUCUGACCUUGCUAUCCAUGGACCCUGAUAGCACAGUGUCUUCCAGCUUAAUAAGUCAAGAUACAAGUCAGGAACCAGAGGUAAAUCCACCUGUCCCACAACUGAUGGAAACAGCUCCAGCUAAAGAGGAAGAGCAGCAUCCUCCUAUGGAUGUGCAUACAGCUGCUGAAACUGAGUUUACAGCCACUGAGCCAUCACCACUUCCACCUCAACAGACCGCUGAGCUUGUUGAGGAAAAACCAAACACUGCAGAUGAGUCUGAAAACUCAGAGAGAGAGAUGGAAGCAUCAAAGGUUGAAACCUCUGAGAUAAUUGCUCCACAGGAUGAUGAUGCUACCUCGAAUGAUCAGAUUUCUUUGAAUGUGGAUGAAACCAACAAGGCAGAGCCUACUCCUGAAACACAGCCAGAUGAGGAAAUAGCAUCACCAGCAGCUGACAAAGAAGCUGCUGAUACUGUUGUGUCUGAAACAGAAGAGGUCAGAGGAAGCACAGAGGAAACCACAGUAGCUGUUAUUUUUGAUACCUCUGAACAAGUCUCUGAAAUGUCCAGUAAACAAGAUCAAAGUGAGCCCGAUGUUGCAGACGCAAAGACAAGCCCCAAGGCAGAGGAAGUGGUUGCUGAGGAGAACCAGACCAAGAUGGACAUAGAUAACAGUGAAGCUGAGAGUAAGACACAGGAGGAAGACAAUGUUGCAGCAGAGGAGAGUGAUCCACAAACUAUGGAAGCCAGUGUUCCAGAGGAGACAGAGGAGGUCAGAGGAACUGAACCGGAGUGUGAAUCCAAACUAGUCAAACAAAUCAGUAAUGUCUCCAGCACAGACAGCCAGGAAGACGAGAAGGGAUCAGACCUGUCAGAAAGGGAAGAGAAGACAGAGGGAAGAGGAAGACGUAAACGAAAACUGUCCAGUCAGAAAGUCGCCACAGUGAAAGAAUCUGGUGAUGCGAGGGGUGAAAAGGAGAGUAAGGAGCAACCAUCUGAUGAGGAAACUCAACAGGAGAAGGUUGUGGAGGUCAAAACACCUCGCAGGGGACGAUCAUCCAGAUCAACUGAAGAGGCAGACAAGGACCAACCCAAAGCACCUGAAAAGACUGAGGAGACUCCGAAUCGCAGGGGAAGACGUUCAGGAGCUGCAGCCAAAGAGGCCACUGCUGAUAAUCAGAAGAAAGAUGAGGAGAGCUCUGAUAAGACCUCAUUAGAGAAACAAGCAGAGAAGGAAGAGAGAACUGAAGAGGAAAAUGAACAAAAGAAAACUGGUCAACAGGGAAGUCAGGUCCAUCUGCCGACUCCUGUUCCAGAGGACACUGAAGUUGCAGGGAACUCAGACUCCAAAGAGACCACUGACAUACGUAAACCGGUACUGAAGAGAAAGAGGUCAGAGGAAAUAGAGGAAUCUGUAGAGGAAUCCAAGGCCAAUAAGGAUGUGAAGGAGGACAGCAGUCAACAGGAGCAGUGUGAGCAACAGCCUGAAAAAGACAGCAGUGGCUCCCCUUCAGUGAGUCAGACAGAGGGACAAGAGGAGGUCAAAGAGGAGAGCAGCAGUGAGAAGAAACCAGAUGAUGCUGAGGAGGAGCAACAGCAAGAGGACCAAGAGACGACUCCAAAGAAAAAUGCUCGGAGAGGACGGCCUUCAAAAGCAGCAGCAGCCACAGAGGAUUCAGAUAAAAAAGACAAAAAAGCAGAGGAAAAAGAAAGCUGAGCAGAACGAUGAAGAGGAGGAAGAUGAUGCUGAGGAAGGAAAAGGAACUGCAACCAGAGCGACCACACGGUCAGCCUCUCGCCUGGAGGCUGAAAG